UGCUGGACAUAUAAAAAUACCUUGUCCAGUCUCAACUUUGACUCAUUAUUGAUAAACUCUUUUCCUUUAAUAUACGCAUUUGUGCAGUUUACUUUAAUAAGUUCAUUAAGAAAAAAAUACUGCACUUUAACCCUUCCUUCCAUUCACACAAACAUUUGGACAUCCAUCCACUCGUGCAUGGCAUUUAGGGAUCCGAAUUGAGCCAGAUUUAGAGAGAGUAUAUUAUGUAGAUCUUUGUCCUCUUACUUAGUGACUGAUUUUAAUAAGUGGUGUUUGGUUCGAUUUGUAAGAAGGACAAGAAAUUGUGCAUCAGCGAGAAAUUGUGUCAAAUUCAUGCAGUUUAAUUUGCAUACGGAUCAAUUGCAUUUUUGGCUUGGGACUUUUUGGGUCAAAGUUAUUCAGAUAUUUUGAUCAGUAGAGUGGUUUAAUUGAGGAUUUUGAAUACGUUAAAAUGUUGUCUGGACAAGUUUCCGUCCUUUUGAGACGAUUUCCGAAAGCAUGCAAUACAAGGUUUCUUAACCCGAAGCAUUUCCUCGCUGUGAGGGGGAUUUCAUCCUCUCGUCGAUCAUGGGACCUGAUGAAAGUUGGGAGUGGAAACUCGCCAGGAAUGUUGAGUUUCAAUCGUCCCCUUCAAUCUCGUUCCGAAUUGGCGUCCGCCAGGCGAAUCGUGGUGAAAGUUGGGAGUGCCGUUCUCACGCGAGAGGACAAUUGUGGUUUGGCGUUGGGUCGAGUGGCUGCUUUGGUGGAACAGGUUGCAUCUCUGCAAAACAGUGGACGUGAGUGCAUCAUGGUGACGAGCGGAGCGGUGGCGUUUGGCAAGCAGAAGUUGGCCCAAGAGUUGGUCAUGUCAAUGUCGAUGAGAGAAACGCUACAUUCCAAGGACAGAUCCGUCCAUGGAAAGGUCAUGCUUGAACCUCGAGCUGCUGCGGCGGUGGGUCAGUCCGGACUGAUGUCGUUGUAUGAAGCCAUGUUUGCUCAGUAUGGUGUCAGGAUAGCGCAAGUUUUGGUCACAAAAUCCGACUUUUCUGACGAUUACACUCGAAAACACUUGUUCCAAACUAUGUCCGAACUUCUUGCCUUGAACAUUGUUCCAAUCGUGAACACGAAUGAUGCCAUUGCAGCACCACCACAAGUUUACGAUGCGUUGGAAGGGGACAUCACCGUCAACGACAACGACAGUUUGGCCGCCUUGCUAUCUACCGAGGUUCGGGCGGACUUGAUGGUUUUGAUGUCCGAUGUGGAAGGGGUCUUCACCGGACCUCCCGGAUUGGACGGGUCUCGCCUCAUGCACACGUACUGCCCUUCACUGAACUCGUCGAGUGUGAGGUACGGCGCCAUGUCGCGGGUGGGGAGUGGCGGUAUGCAAAGUAAGUUCCCCUAUCUACAGGUUUCCGCAGCUACCUGGGCCCUUAAUCAAGGGAUUCCUGUCGUCAUUUGCAACGGUGCGAAGGAAGGCUCCCUCAGCAGCGUGAUCAAUGGGAGGCGGAUCGGAACCCUCUUCACGACACAGCCCUUGGGAACCAGGUCGCCAGAACAUAUUGCGGAUUUGGCUAAAGAGGGUGGUCGUCAACUGUACAAUUUAACUGGGGCACAGCGGUCCGAUAUUAUUCACAACAUGGCAGAUUUGCUCGUUUCUAAAAAACCAGACAUUAAAAUUGCCAACGAUCGAGAUUUGGAACUGGCCGAGCAGAAUAAGCUACAAUCCGCUAUUUUCGACAGGUUGAAGUUGGACGAUGCGAAAAUUAUGAGUCUCGCCGAAGGUCUUCACACCCUCGCUCAAGACUCUGUCCACUUGGUGGGGCGAACCGUACGACGAACUUUAUUGGCAAAAGAGUUGGAAUUGCAACAGAUCACGGUUCCAAUUGGUCUUCUCCUCGUAAUCUUUGAAGCACGGCCAGACUGCUUACCUCAGAUUGCAUCUUUGGCGAUUGCAUCCGCAAAUGGCCUCGUCCUCAAAGGGGGAAGCGAAGCGACCAACACCAACAAUGCCCUCAUGUCCAUCGUCACGGAAGCUCUCCUCUUGCACGGAGUGCAGAAUUCGAUUCAAAUGGUGACUUCACGAGAAGACGUUGGCGAAAUCGUGGGCCUGGGCAUGGUCGACCUUAUCAUUCCGAGAGGAUCGAAUCAACUCGUACGCCAAGUGACCAGUCAGGCCCAAGGGGUUCCCGUACUUGGUCAUGCGGAAGGAAUCUGUCACAUCUACGUCGACACGGAUGCCGAUCUCGAGAAGGCGUUACAUAUCAUUAAAGACUCGAAAUGCAGUUAUCCUGCCGCUUGCAAUGCCGCUGAAACGAUCCUCAUCCAUCGAAAUCUUCUCGGAAAGAAAAACUUUUUUGGAAAUUUGUGUGACAUGCUGAAAGCUCAAAACGUGGAAAUUUACUCUGGUCCAGCUCUCUCGAAAGAACUCACUUUUGGUCCAACCCCAGCAAAAUCUCUGCGAACGGAAUAUAGCAGAUUAGCCGUGACGAUAGAACUUGUUUCCGACGUGUUGGGCGCUGUUGAUCACAUCAACACGUACGGAUCUUCACACACUGAUGUCAUUAUUACGGAAAAUGAAAAAUCUGCCCGACAAUUCUUAAAACGUGUCGACUCUUCUUGCGUGUUUCACAACGCAUCGUCCCGAUUCGCCGACGGGUACCGGUUCGGACUCGGGGCUGAGGUGGGCAUCAGCACGGGUCGGAUCCACGCCCGAGGUCCGGUCGGCGUUGAGGGACUGCUCACCACGAAAUGGAUCCUUCACGGUCAUGGCGACGCUUCCACGGACUUUGGACCUGGACAAAAGCAGUACGAACACAUCUCCCUCCCGCUCGACGAGAUCAAGGACGAGAUCAAAGAGGACUCGUUUAAACAAGAGGUCCACAUUGGAAAUUAGAUAAGAAAUUAAAAAAAUAUGUGUAUGUUUAUGUAUAAAAAUCGUGUAACUAAUUAAUCACCACUGCGUCAAGUGGCAUGUGUCAAAUAAAUAAAUAUUUACAAAAAACUCUCA